GACGAAUUAAGUAUGCUCUUCUCCUUCUUCUCUCAUUCACCUCCUCCUCCUUCUCUUUCGUCUUCUCUGGUUCUUCUUCUUUUUCUCUCGUUCUUCUCCUUAUUCUUCUCUUCCACUUGUGGGUGCCAAAAAAAAAAAAAAAAGUUUGUCCAAUUGAUUUCGACUUUGAGAAAAGUUUAUGAUUGAAUUUGAAUAGUUUUUGUAAAUGGAUGUUGUCGCAAAAGCAUCAGAUGAUGCUGUAACAUCAAUGCAACUGGACCCUGCAGCAAAUACAUCAUCUGAUAUGUGCACUGACGAGAACGCAAGUCCAGGUUCAGAUGGAAAAAUUAACGAUGGACUUUCUAAGUCAAUGGAGAAAUUGAACAUCGGGGAAUCAUCAUCGGCCUUCAAGCCAAAACCUGUUGUCAUUCUUGUUGUUGGAAUGGCAGGAAGCGGGAAGACAACGUUUAUGAAUCGCCUAGUGUGCCACACAAUGGCGUCAAACAUUCGUGGCUAUGUGGUAAACCUUGACCCAGCAGUGAUGACUCUACCAUAUGGUGCGAAUAUUGACAUCAGAGAUACUGUUCGAUAUAAGGAGGUGAUGAAGGAGUUCAAUCUUGGACCAAACGGUGGCAUUUUGACCUCACUUAACUUAUUUGCUACUAAGUUUGAUGAGGUUGUGUCUAUGAUUGAGAGACGAGCAGAUCAGUUAGACUAUGUUUUGGUUGACACUCCUGGUCAGAUUGAGAUUUUCACCUGGUCUGCCUCUGGAGCAAUCAUUACAGAAGCUUUUGCAUCAACCUUCCCCACUGUGAUUGCUUAUGUUGUUGAUACACCACGUUCCACCAGUCCUGCUACGUUUAUGAGUAACAUGCUUUAUGCAUGUAGUAUUCUCUACAAGACCCGGUUACCGCUUGUUUUGGCAUUUAAUAAGACUGAUGUAGCCCAACACCAGUUUGCUUUGGAGUGGAUGGAAGAUUUUGAAGCAUUUCAUGCAGCACUUGAUUCAGAUCACUCUUACACGUCCACCCUGACUCGAAGCCUCUCGCUGUCAUUGGAGGAGUUCUACAAGAAUCUUAGAUCUGUUGGGGUAUCUGCGGUUUCUGGUGCUGGGAUGGAUGCCUUUUUCAAGACUAUUGAAGCCAGUGCUAAUGAAUACAUGGAAAGUUACAAGCCUGAACUUGACAAGAGGAGAGUCGAAAAGCAGCAAUUGGAGGAACAACGAAUGCGUGAGAAUAUGGAUCGUCUGAGGAAGGAUAUGGAGAAGUCAAGAGGGGAAACUGUUGUCCUGAAUACUGGAUUGAAGGACAGAGACGAGAAAGCCAAGAGCCUCAUGGACGAUGAAGAGUUGGAAGAGGAGGAAGAUGAAGAUUUCAACUUUGACGGGAUUAGUGAGGACGACGAGGGGGAGAAUGAUGAGGAUGAAGACGAAGAGGUUGCUAGUUUCUCAUUUUAAGACUUAUGCAAAACUCGCUAUUAGGGUGCUAACACUGAUGUAAAUUAUUCAAUGGAUGUAUCAAUUACGCUAAUGUAGGAGAUUUGCUGCACAGCUGCUUUUUUUUGGGUGACCUGAUAAUGGUUUGUCCAAAUGUUGGUCCAAGUUAUCUGGUAGGUCUAAUGAACACUCUCGAGUUAGAUUUGCUGAGAAUUUUGUGCAUCACAUUUUUGGGGUAUUACACAUAAUAAUUAAAGAAUUUGGCGUAGAAAAUUUCUUACUCGCGAGAAAUGUCCCGUCAACUUAACCUAGACAGACCUUCUGAACUCUGUCAUUGAUCAUCUGCAGGGCACCACUAGGCACCAGACCUACCCAUUUACAUGUUCUCUGUAAUGAACUUGGAUAUUCAGGAACCUUAUGUGUAAAGCCUUCCUUUUCUUGCAAUGUUAC